AUGUUGGAGGUAUCCGGUUUCGGCAAGCUGGAUUGGUUUGCGCUCGAUGCUGGGAAGAUGGAUUUUGGGCAGAGUUAGACUUCCUCCGUCUUCCAUUUGUCUGUUUCCACUAAGGGGGAGUCGUGGUUAAUUGUGGGAGGGGAGGGGGUGAUGGUGCGUCGGUUAAAUACUUUCCCGCUGAUGUACAUAGAACUUUUACAUGCCCUUUUGAACGUUCUUGCAUUGACCACGUUGCUUGGGAGGUUCGAGAGGGAGGUGGGAACCUUGAAGGCGUUGUUACUGGCGCUCGGUCGUAGGAUCUGUUCAAUUCCAGUCGAGAGGAGGGGGCAGGGAGUCGGCUCACUGGCUGCUGAUUGGGCUUGGUUGGGCCAGCUCUCGUGACGUUUCCUGGUGGAUUGUAUGUUGCUAUCGAGAUUUUCCUACUUGGCGCUAAUGUCUCGGUUUCUGGGGCGAGGUAGGUUUUCGCUAUGCUAGAACUCAGGGGGAUACGAAUCUGUGUCGAGGGCGUUGGCUGACUAGGGUUCGAGGGUGGAAGGUUCAGCCGUAGAUGCCCUGCUCUGUGAGGAGGUAAGCAGGGGAAACGAUGCUGAGGUCUACCUCAGACUUCCCGGAAUUAUUCCUUCAGGUGCACAAUGAGUAAGCUCAGGUAUGUCAUAUCUCAACUCACGCAUCAAGACUGACUUUUCUAGGACAUAAGGAAAGACUCGCGGUCCCCAUGUUACGCUAAAAUUGCACUUCUUGAUGCACACCACGCUGGACUUGCCAGUCCCGCUUACCGCUCAAGUGUAAUGGCGGCCCCCCCGCUACCUUGGCAUUCUAAGCGGAAGAGACAAGGAGCCAGCUACCUGCAGGUGGUUGGCUAAUACAGGUGUCAAUAUUGCGGUUGUUGUGGAUUUUAAUCUAAAGACGGCUUGGGGGUUAAGGAUGGAGAGUUGAAGGGGGUGAGUUUUGCUUUAUCGGACUAGUGGAGUGGAGUGGGGUGGAGUGGAGGAGGGACUAAUAAUGAAGGGCGGGCGGAGUAGGUUUUACAGGCGUUGCAGACGGUGCGCUCGGGUACACUAGGAAUGACAAAAGCCGAGCCUAAGCUCUACCGUGUUAUCCUUCUGGUUCCCAUUCCUCUGCCGGUUAGUUUGCGCGCAGCUGUUAUACCCAUAAUCUCCCUGAACCAAAGAGCUAACGCUCCAGGGCUUUCUCGCCCAAAAAGGCCGUUCCUUCUUCCAGCAGACCCCGAAAUCAUCAGAAUUGAGCGCGCAGUCCCACAGCAAUUCUCCGCUCACUUCAUCCUGUACGUUAUCGGAAUCCGGCGAUUCCGGUGGUGAACGGGAAGAACGAGGCAUGUCCUUCAAACGGCCCUUGGCGCAAGGCAUUGUUUUAGGGAAAACCUACAAGGAUCCCGCCCCCUCUGAGUGCCUGACACCCGAUGAACUUAAAGCAGAUCCUGAGACCAAGGAGGGGAAGAUAUCGGCAGACGGCGCGUCCAAACCGGUUUCCGUUGGGAAAAUGAGGAAGAGAAAAUGCAAAGGGCCUAUUCCAUGA